GCCUGCAGAUCAAGUUGCUGCUGCCAACUCUCGCGAGCUUUGUGUCAGAAACAGUUGAUUAUAAUGUCAGUACUGUCCAAUUUACGGGCUUAAAGCAGCAGCUGCAUACUGCAUUUUCCCUGAAGUAUUCAAAGAUCCUGACUCUUAAAAACUUUGUAGUUCUUGUAAUAGAAGUGGGGUAUCAUGAUUUGGACAAAUGGCACAAGUCUCUAUACCAGAUUUCUUAUGUGGCUUCUUCUCCUGUGUAUGUUCAUCAGGAAGGUAGUGCCUGAAGAUAACAUCAUUACAACCAAGAAAGGCAGAGUCAGAGGGACGAACCUACAGGUACUGGGGGGAACUGUGACAGCCUUCCUUGGAAUACCUUAUGGACAGCCACCCAUUGGUAGAUUGAGAUUUCAAAAACCAGAACCUCGUGAGAAGUGGUCAGAUGUUUGGGAUGCCACAAAACACGCAAACUCUUGCUACCAGCUUAUAGAUACAACUUACCCAGGAUUUCCUGGAUCAGAGAUGUGGAAUCCAAAAACUAACCUAAGUGAAGACUGUUUAUACCUUAAUGUAUGGAUUCCUUCUCCCAAACCCAAGAAUGCAACUGUCAUGGUGUGGAUAUAUGGUGGUGGCUUUGAGAGUGGGUCAACUUCCCUACCGGUCUAUGACGGCAAGUUUCUGGCCAGGGUGGAAAGAGUCAUUGUAGUUUCCAUGAACUACCGGACUGGUGCAUUGGGAUUUUUGGCUUUGCCAGGAAACCAGGAAGCUCCUGGAAAUGCAGGCUUAUUUGAUCAAAGAUUGGCACUUCAGUGGAUCCAGGAGAACAUAGCAGCAUUUGGAGGCAAUUCAAAAAGUGUGACUAUAUUUGGAGAGAGUGCUGGCUCAGCUUCUGUCAGCUACCAUAUCCUUUCUCCUAAAAGCCAUCCUUUAUUCACAAGAGCCAUCAUGCAAAGUGGAUCUGCAAAUACCCCUUGGGCUGCAAUAACAGCAUCUGAAGCCAGAAACAGAACAGUGGCUUUAGCUAAACAACUCCAAUGUCCCACCAGCAAUGAGACAGAGCUAAUUCUCUGCCUCCAAGACAAGGACCCAAAGGAUAUACUGGAGAAUGAGAAAUUUGUUGUAACAUAUGACUCUCUUUUACAAAUAUAUUUCUGUCCAACUGUGGAUGGAGAUUUUCUUGCAGACAUGCCAGAAAAGUUGAUUGAGAAUGGCCUUUUCAAACACACACAGAUCUUAGUUGGUGUUAAUAAAGAUGAAGGAUCAGCAUUUCUAGCAUAUGGAGUCCCUGGCUUCAGCAAGGAUAGUGAUGGCUUGAUCAAUAAAACAGCAUUUGAAGCAGCUUUAACUCAGUCCUUCCCAGAAGCAAGCCAACUUGCAAUAGAAUCGAUCAUUUUUCAGUACACAGAUUGGGAAAAUGAGCAGAAGCCAGAACAUUACCGUGAUGCCAUGGAUGACGUUAUUGGUGACUACAAUAUAAUAUGUCCUGCAAUGGAGUUUACCAAAAAAUUUGCACAACUAGGACACAAUGCGUUCUUUUAUUUCUUUGAACAUCGAUCCUCAAAGCUGCCUUGGCCAGAGUGGAUGGGAGUAAUGCACGGUUAUGAGAUCGAAUUUGUGUUCGGAUUGCCCCUAGAAAGAAGAGUGAAUUACACCAAAGCUGAAGAAAUCUUAAGCCGGUCCAUGUUGAGAUACUGGGCAACUUUUGCGAAAACUGGAACUCCAAAUGGGACCCUGAUUAAUGGAACAAGAUGGCCAGUCUUCACUAGUACUGAACAAAAAUAUUUGACAUUAAAUACCAACACAUCAGAGAUACUGACAAAAUUACGUGCUCAGCAGUGUCGAUUCUGGAAUAUUUUUUUUCCCAAAGUCUUGGAAAUGACAGGAAAUAUUGAUGAAGCAGAACGAGAGUGGAAAGCAGGAUUCCAUCGCUGGAACAAUUACAUGUCAGACUGGAAAAAUCAAUUUAAUGAUUACACUAGCAAGAAGGAGAGAUGUGCAGGCUCCAAUUAAUGUGUUUACCCUUUCCGGUUUCUAUUAUUUCACUAAUGGAUGGACUCUGAAAAACAGAAGCAGAAACCAAAAUUAUCCUCUGUCAAUCCCUGGCAAAACUGGCAGUGUGCUUUCAGCUCCCUUGAGGGUCCUCUGCUCCUUCAUCAAGGCUCUCAACAGAUUACUUUAAUUGUACCAUAAAUAGGAUCCACUGUAGCAGUUCCCAUCCUUAUCCACUCAGAUAGUGAUGUAUUAUUAAAAAUACAAAGAUCAGUAUAGCCAAGAACUCCUUUCUAGAGAGGAGUAUUGACAACUAACCACUACGGGAGCUCCCAAGACUGUGAGUAUCCUCUGUGGGUCUAGAACUGCAAAGAGGGAUCUUAGUCAAAACUCAGCCUUCAGGUCUCUACUCUUACUCCAAGAAACAGCUGGAUUGGGUCUGAGCAAUGCAAUUCGACAACACUUUGGAGCAAAGAAAGCAAUAAAGAAAAUCUCAUUGAAUUUUCUUUCCUAUCCCUGGGCACAAAAAUGCCAGAUUAAUGACUUUAGCUACCUCAAACAGUGGUAAUGCAUGAGGUUUCUUACAAAGCUUUGGGCUGAAGUCAGUAAACACAGAACACAAACAGGGUCUUACCUGCUCUCUCCACUGAGUUAACCUCUGGCUAACCACAUUCCAUGGUGUUGGCCAUAGCAGGACCUGAUGUCUGUAGCCCAGGGGACUGAUGAAAACGGAAAUCUCCAUUUAGGCUGAGGUCUCGCUCUUUUGGUGAGACAGUACUUCAGGGACAAUUGGAACCCCCUGUAUCCCCAUUAGCUUUUCACUCAUUCAAUCUAGCCUCGUUACUGGUGAGGCAGGUGUGCUGUAGCAUGAAAAUAAAUGGUCUUCUGCUGGCAAACUUUUGAACCCUUUUGAAUAACUGAGGGAUUAAAACUCACUCAGAGCAAUGGAGAGGAUUCACAGAGGCUUUAGCCCAGGAUGUCACCCACUCCAGAAUAAACUAUGCAAUGUAUGUUGAUAUAAGAACAAGCUUUAUGCCAAAUCUCUGAAAAUCACACUCUGUGUUAUAUCUAUAUUCAAAGGAAGCUCCCUUGACCAUGUAAUCAGCCACUGCAGCCUGAAUUCCUUCUAUUUCCCAUUGGUUUUACUGUUACAAACUCCUAAAAUCUAGGUUACUGGUAGUGCACUCUGGCUCUACAAUGAAUUAAUGGCAUUUGACAUUCAUAACCCCGCAUUUAUGAAAAUAGACUAGUCCAUUAAAAACCUUGUUAAUAAUGGUUCUAGCAAAGCAUACAUUGCCUAAAGCAAUACAAUUAUUGGUCAAUAAUUCCUCUUUAGCUCUCUGUAUUACUACCACUUUAUUUCAACACUUGGCUUCUUACCCUUUGAUCUGCCAAUUAUCUUUUUACCCUCUGAUCCUCUUUGCAAUUCCUUGGCAAUUUGAUCCAUUAAUUACAGUGCCCAUAUUCCCUAUUUUCUGUAGAAUGUGCAUUUUUUCUGAACCUCUUCACCUUUCUUCGUACAAAUACUUACCAUAUUUCUGUAGGGUAUAUCUACUUCUGUAAAUAUAUAUAUUGAUAGAAAAUGCUAUAAUUAAAAGUAUCAUUACACUUUCCUUUCAAUCGUUUGGACUUCAUGAAAAUGUCUCAAUAGUUUGUCAUUGACUUAAAUUUUGAUGGAAAUGUGCACUCAUCUCUGGUAAAUACUUUGGCACUCCAUCGUCAAUUACCAUAAACUCUUAGAUUUUUUUCAAAUGUUAAUAAACAUUGAUUGUAUUUCCAUCCUGGAGUCUCUAUUAAAAACACAGUUUCUGCUAUGGUUUUGAUAUAUAUUAUUAAAAAAAGUAUUUUCUGA